GGGGAGGAUAGGAGGAGGGGAAGGGUGGAGGCGUGCAUGGCGGUGUUGGUCGUGAAGCAGUGGUGAGGCCUGUGCGUUAAAGGCCAUGCACAGUGACACGAGCCUGCGCCCUGGAAAUCGAGGGCAGUUCGUGUGCCUCGAGAACCUACGUGUUUUGGGUGAGCUGAGCAUGUGUGGUAGAUAAGAAGUGUUAAUAUUUAUUGUGAAAAAAUGGAUAGACUUGAUUUUAUGGUGUCAGAUGGCUGUCCCAUGGUGUUGUGCAAGGGAAGGGAACAGCAACAGCGGCAAGCGAGUGAAUGAAUCCCAGCUGAUCAGAAUGAUUAGUGUAGCUGAGCUGUGAAAAACUCCCUGUCGGAAUCACAGACGCUUAAAUGUUUAACAGCGACAACACAAGUAAUAUGUCUUGAAAAGAUAAAGAGUGGAAAAUAAAAGACAAAGAAUAAACAAAGGUUAGAGACAAUUCACCCCGAGAAUCGUUUCGCAAACGUGGCGAUGAGCCAGUCUCGCCCGUCGCGCCCCACGGAUCACUGGAAGGCGUCGCUGUAGAGGCGAGUGGGUGAGCACGCGUCGGCGGCGAUAAGGUGUGGAGAGGCGUGGUGCGAGCGGGUGCUUGCGUGCAUCUCGUGUCACGAUGAUGACCCAGAAGAUGUGGAACCGCCUCCACUCUCUAUACAACAAGAUGGUGAGUGGCGUGGGCGGCAUGAGCGAUCACGCCCACGAGGCGGAGCGGGGCAGCAGGCGCUCCCUUGAGGCCACGACCGUCAGACUGAAAGGCAGAUGGUUCCACCCGAAUAUCUCGGGACUGGAGGCCGAGGUCCUUCUGAAGGAGCGUGGGAUCGAAGGCUCCUUCCUGGCUCGGCCAUCAAAAUCCAACCCUGGCGACUUCACACUUUCUGUACGACGGAAUGGCGAAGUGACUCACAUAAAAAUCCAGAAUAUGGGUGACUUCUAUGAUCUGUAUGGAGGGGAAAAGUUUGCUACCCUUGCUGAACUGGUACAGUAUUAUAUGGAGAACCAAGGCCAGCUAAGGGAAAAGAAUGGAGAGAUCAUCGAACUCAAAUAUCCACUGAACUGUGCAGAUCCAACAACAGAACGUUGGUUCCAUGGCCAUCUGUCAGGUCGUGAGGCAGAGAAACUCAUACUGGAGAAGGGUAAAAAUGGAAGCUUUCUUGUCAGGGAAUCACAGAGCAAACCAGGAGAUUAUGUUCUCUCUGUUCGCACUGAUGAUAAGGUCACUCAAGUUAUGAUCAGAUGCGUGCAGGACAACAAAUAUGAUGUUGGAGGAGGGAGAAAAUUUGACACCCUCAGUGAAUUGGUUGAACACUACCGAAGAAAUCCAAUGGUGGAACAGUCUGGUACUGUGGUCCCUCUAAAGAUGCCUUUCAAUGCCACAAGAAUCAAUGCACGUGGCAUCGACAGCAGAGUCAGAGAAUUAUCGCGUCGACGCCAAACAAGUUUUGACCCAUCAUUACAGAAGGAGCAUCAGGGUCCCACUAUGGGGAAGGCUGGAUUCUGGGAGGAGUUUGAAUCUCUCCAACAACAAGAGUGUAAACAGCUCUACUCACGCAAGGAAGGCCAGAAGCCUGAGAACCGUAACAAAAACCGCUACAAGAAUAUUUUACCUUUUGACCACACAAGGGUCAUACUAAGAGAUACAGAUCCUGGGAUUCCAGGGUCUGAUUACAUAAAUGCUAAUCUCAUCACUAGUGAAGAAGAUUUGGGCAGUGAAGCCAAAACUUACAUAGCUACACAGGGAUGCUUGCCUUCCACAUGUGCAGAUUUCUGGUGGAUGAUCUGGCAGGAAAAUACAAGAGUUAUUGUCAUGACCACAAAAGAAGUUGAAAGAGGAAAGAACAAGUGUGGACGUUACUGGCCUGAGGAAGGUGCAAGCAAGGAGUACGGUCGUAUCACUGUCAGAAAUGUGUCAGAGAGUUCCAACAAUGACUAUAUCUUACGAGAGUUUUUGGUGUCAAAAGAUAGUCAGCCUGAGAGAAAGAUUUUCCACUAUCAUUUUACAGCAUGGCCAGAUCAUGGUGUUCCGUCCGAUCCAGGAUGUGUUCUUAACUUUCUUCACGAUGUUAACAAGCGCCAGGAAGAAAUCACAUCAGCUGGGCCAAUUGUUGUCCAUUGCUCAGCAGGCAUUGGGCGUACUGGGACGUUCAUUGUUGUGGAUAUGAUCCUAGAUCAGAUCAAAAGACAAGGCCUUGACUGUGAGAUAGAUAUCCAGCGAACCAUUCAGAUGGUAAGGUCUCAACGCUCAGGAAUGGUGCAGACAGAAGCCCAAUACAAGUUCGUAUACUUGGCUGUCCAGCAUCAUAUAGAAACAGUUCAGCAACGUAUUUCAGCAGAGCAGAAGAGUUUACAGCUUGGCAGAGAGUAUACUAACAUCAAAUACAGUAGUGAGGCAGCAGGUGGCAUUGAGAUGGGAAAGUCCCUCUCUCGAUCAACUAUCUCACUACCCACCACACCAUCAACAACGCCGAGAGACCCUAAGCGACCCACAUCCACUGCAACACUGCCCAAGACACAGUCAGAAAACCACCUUCCAAGGCCUCCUGAUGAACUGCCGAAGCAGAUCUAUGAAAAUGUCCCUCCGGCUGUGAAAGAGAAGAAAACCAAAUCUGCCCUGCUGUCCCCAACCACUCCAACGUCCCCUACCUUCCCUCCUAACCCCCUGGGCUUUCCUUCACCGUCUCCAGGGGCUUCCAUCUCCUUCCCUCCACCCCCUCCCCCCCCAGCCACACCUCGCCCAUCUGUGCCGCCCCGUGCCACCUGACAUGAGAACUUAGAGUAGAAAAGAUGACUCCCAUUUGUGUCCGGUCAUUCAUGCGGGUCGAUUCUGUUGGUUUCUAUUUUCAGUCAUUGUCAUUAAUAUACAGACUUUUUUUAUUUAUAUUAUCACAUUACUAUUAUUACUUUUAUGAUUAGAGUUAUUAUCAUUGCUAUCAUUAAUGAUAUUAUUAUUUUUUAUAUUAUUAUUAUUAUUGUUGUUAUUAUUAAUAUUAUUAUCAAUAUUAUUGUUUUCAUCUCCUUUUUUAGGUCAAGAUUACAAACUAUGUGAAAACUAGGUUACAAGAAAUGGAUAUCCCAUGUUUGAUUUAAUAUAAGAAAGCUUUCUACUCUUGAAUUAAUCAAGUAGAAAACUGAAAAAAUGUAUACCAUCCAUAAAUUUCAGAAAAAAAAUUGUAUACACAAGUAGGGACUGAGUGGGAUAGUUAUGACCCCUCCCCUUUCAGUCAGUAUGCAGAUUAUGUAACUAGUCAAAUGCAUUUUCUGCCUUUGGAAUAUGUAUGAUCCUGUUAAAUGUACCCCCCCCCAAAAAAAAAAAUUGUAAUAAAUAAAUAAAUAAAUAGAAAUAAUAAUAAUUAAAAAAAAGGCCCACACUUUUGAUAAUUACUGGAUUGCAACAGUUUUUUUUCUCAUAUUCCUUCCUUCCUUUCCCCUUCUCUCAUGCUGUUAUAUAACUAUCUCAGAGUUUCAUUGGAACCCUAUUACUCUUUAUUCAUAAAAAUAUACACAAAUCUGUUAAUGAAGAGCAUUGUUCUCCAAUGUGAUUUUUACAAAUCUUUUUGUAUACAUUCCAAUGCAUUGUGUUUCUUUUUGUUUACAUUUUUUUCAACUGUACCUAGUGAAAAGUUUGGCCAGUGGUUGGGAAUCACCCCUUUAUCACCUGUAUACAUUCUUCCAAAAUGUAUGUAAGUCAGUAGAAUCACCACUUAUUAAAAAAAAAAGAUCUAGCAGACUGGUCCUCACUAAGCAUAGUUGGAAUAUGGAAUCAGAUGAAGUGGAUCUCUUAUGAUUUUCCUUCCAAGCACUGUCCAUUGAGUUAGUGGCUCUGAGAUCUCUCUUCUUUGCAGGCCUGUGCACACUUCAUGAUAUGCUCCAAAAACGCCAAGGGAGCAAUUACACUGUCAUGCACUUUUCUCACCCUUCCUCCUCACUAGCAGAGUGUUAUAUAAAUGAUGAUUACAUUAAUAUCUUUCAUGAAAAUUCAGGUCAACUGGACAGUGAUGUUCUUGUGUUUCUGCACAUUUUAAGUGUGCUCAAAAGUUGAAUUUGUAGGUUUGUCAAUUUUAUAUGCAGUUUAUUGCAGCAUAUUUUUAUUUAAAAAAAAUGGAGAUGAUAAUAAGCAAGUUCUGGUCAUAUUUGAAGUGCACAAGGUGAGGACUCUCCUUUUCAUGAUAACCUUGAUCUCAGUAUGACUAGCAGUAGCAUAUCAAGCUAUAUAAUUUUGUUCAUCAGUUUCAUUUGCUAUUGUAUCUUUAAAUGAAAAAGAAAGUAGCUAGAGUGAAGAGUACAUUUUUACUCCUCUAGGUGAGGUCAAAACAUUUAGUGUAAUUCUGAAAACUUGACUUUCCCUCUGUACACAGCAGACAUUUUGAUAUGUACCUAAAUAAAAUGGAUGUCUAAAAAUAGUGAUGUAUGAAUACACAGUAUUCAUUAUGAUGGAGAAGUAGCUGUGAUACCUGAUUUCAAGAACUUUUAUUUUUAUUUAUCUAUUUAUUUUUUUUACUUCAACUUACCCAUUAGUGUGUAUGCUCGCCAGCUAUCCAUCAAGUUGAUAAACACUGCUCAAGUAACUAACUUACUUCCUGUUAGGGGGAAUGUAAGGACAAUAGCUUGUAGCUGGGAAUGAUAGAACAUUUAAACUGUUUCAGACACAUGAUUAUUCUGUUGUGUAUGAAGUUCAUGCUUCAUAUAGACAAGGCAGGGUUAGAAUAAUUUUGUUGUAUUGGAAGAGAAUAAAUAUUUUCUUGUACUUUUAGAGCUUGUGGAUUAUUACAGAGUAUGUUUCAUGUAUCAUUUCUUUGUAGUGUUUUGGAUGUUGAAUGAAUAUCUGGUCAUGCUAAGUUGAAGGGUACAGAUAGAACUACUUCUGCUAUACAUAACAACAAUACACAUUAUCUCAUCUAGUCUUAAUAUUUGCAUUUAUAUUUUUAUAUCAGUCAAAAGUAGAGUUGAAUUUUUUCACAUGCAAGGGAAAGCACAAUAAAAUAAAUCUAAAAAGUAAGUUUUUAUGUAAGUUUUGAAUUACACUAACUCAAUCAACGAUUAUAACUGUAGAAGUCAAAUGUAAUUAAUGUUGAAAGGUAGGUGUAAGUUAGCUCAUUUUGUAAUGAACUAAUUUCCCUCAAAUGCUGAGGUUCAUAUCAGCCAUACCUUUGAACCAUGAGGAAAGUCCCCUUUCCAAUCCAUUUCCUUCAAAAACCCAUGUAAAAGGGAGAACCUUAGAUGUGAACUAAGGAUUGAGUGAUCCAGGAAAGGAGAAUAUCCAAGGAGUCAAAGGACACUGUAGCAAAAUCAUUUCAGGUUAACAGGUAGAUAU